AUGGGCGACUAUGGCCAGUCUCAGCAAGCAUAUUUCUAUGGUGCUGGGCUCCUCAACGACCCAGCUCAGUAUGAGGCUGAGGAACGGACACUGGCUGCAAACACUGCCGCAGGCCUCCCGAAUGGUAUGAGAUGGUCGAGCGGCCGUCUAGAUCACAACAUCAACAACCAGUCGAACAUGGCCGCAAGUGGGCUACUAAACCCUUACUCAAUAGCUCCAGCGAGCAUGCCUUAUGCUUACGGUAGCACUGCGACGGGCACAUACACACAGCAAUGGUCGGGGACGGCCAACACUUUUGAGCAAAACGCUGUUCCACAGCCGGAGCAUGGCGAUCCACGCAUGCAUUUGGACAGAGAGGAGAUCGGACGAGGUCUUCCACAGACGUCACGCAGACGGGAUUCGCGAGACUCGCAAUGGUCUCAAAUCACAACCAACGACUCUGCGACAUCCUCAAUGCCAGAACAUACUGUUACACCACGAUCCCAUCCCAAGACAAAAUCGAAGCCUAGAAUGGCAAGCCCCGACAUGCCUUCCACACACAAAAAGCACAAAACGUGGUCGACACGGCCACAUUCGAUCAUCGAGAAGAAGUAUCGCGAGAACCUGAACAACAAGAUAUUACAGCUCCACGAUGCUCUUCUCGAAACCAAAAGACUGCCCAUGCUCAGAAGAGGAGAUCAAGCAUCAGCCAGAAUCUCGAAGCAGGAGAUCAUUGCCAACGCGAUCAAAUACGUCAACGAAAUGGAGCUCAACGCGCGACAUAUGGACGAGCAGAUCGAGCUUAAUUCCCAAUUGAUCGAGCGUUUGACGAAGAAAAUCGAAGACCUUGAGGGCGGAACAUGA